UGCCAGCUGCUCGUGUAACACGCAUGCGUAUAUUUUUCAGUUUUAAAACCCUUGACGCACGUGUGUGACUCACAUAAAUUUUACGUAUAUACGUGUUGUUUUGCGUAAAACACAUAAUGAGUUACAAGGACAAUUUUAAUGUUUUCGUGGGUGGGAAAUUAGGUGUCUUCAAAGGAAUAAAAAUUGAAAAGAAGGCAAACAUAAUUAAAAAUAUACAAGAUUUAGCUUCCAUCACAGGGAAUGAUCAGGUGACUACUAUCUCUUGGGGUGAUGAUGACGAGAAAGAUGUUUUAAUUGCAUGUGGCGAGAAGGAAGACAGAAGAGUGAAGAUCUAUGAUUCUGAGAAUUCUGCAUUCAUACACUCAUUUCUUUGUAACACAGGCAAAGGCAGUAUUAAUGGAAUAUCACGAUAUAAUGGGUCGAUCCUGACUGCAGUAAACUCUGGAGAAGUGAGUCUAUGGCGACAGACUGACAAAGAAGGGGAAUUGCUGAUAAAUGCUGGAGAAAAUUUGAAUAGAAUGUGUCAUUCACAUGUACAGAGAAAUGUAAUAGCCACUGGAGGACGAGAACACAUACUCAAGUUGUACGAUUUGGAGAAGCAAGUAAUGAUAUUCAAUGAAAAGAAUGUUCGACACGAUUGGUUAGAACUGAAAGUACCUGUCUGGAUAUCUGACAUGAAUUUUCUAUCAGGAGCCCAACAAAUUGCCACAGUAGGCAGAUAUGGACAUAUACGUCUGUAUGAUCCACGUGCGCAAAGGCGUCCUGUAGUAAAUAUAACUUAUCAGGAUGAAUCUUUCACCUGUAUGUGUGUUACCUCGAAGGAAAAACACAUUAUAGCAGGUUCUGGUAAAGGCAAACUGAAUCUCGUCGAUCUCAGGAAGCCAGGCAAAAUAUUAAACACAUACAAAGGAUUUGCUGGUGGAGUAACUGGUGUGGCUUGUAGCAUGAGCAAUCCGUACAUCGCAAGCGUCAGUCUGGAUAGAUAUUUACGGAUACAUCAUAUCGACACGAAACAACUUCUGAAAAAUAUUUAUUUAACGUCGAAGCUCACAUGCCUGGCAAUGAGGUCGGAUUUCUCCAUAGAAACGGAUAGUGAAAAGAAUCCAGAAGUCACAACGAAAUCCCGUUCUGAUAAUGGCGGUAGCGCCGGUGACCAAUCCUCGGAUGAUGCGGCCAGCGAAGCGGAAUACGAUGAAUUAUUUAAUAAAAUGCAAGUUGUGGAUAGUAAGAGCGAAAAAGUUGGUAAAAAGCGGAAACUCGUCAAGUCAGUCAAAGAAGUCUCGUCGAAUGAUUGUGAUAUUGUGUCUCAAAAGCAAAAGAGGAAAAAAAGGAAUCAAGUAUGGCUUUGUAAAGAGUUGUAACGAUCAAGAUUAGUAGCGAAGACAAAAUACCUCAUUUAUAAUUUACAGAUUCGCUGAUGUUUUAUUCCGUGUCAAUAAAAAUAUUUUAUAUAUAAUUUUUCAGAAAUAUCACGAAUUAACCAUGAUUCUUUAUAGUCUUUUUCACAUUUCUCUUGUUACGUUCAGGUAAAUUGUUCAUUUUUAUCAGAUCAUGCAAAUACAUGUAUUUCUCUCAUAUAUACUUUAAUUAUUAGCUUGUAUAUUGUAUAAUCGUAUAAAUAUAAUAAUUUAAUAUCUCACGUCUCUGGGAAAAAUAUUUGAGACGAAAGAAACGAUUCAAGCAGCUAUAAAGUAUAAAAGAAAACUUUCCACUACCGGAUAAAAUUCCUCCAGCAUAUGUAAAUUGCCAAACAAUAACGAGGGAUCGUGCAAAAGAAGAAAAAGUACAAGCGAGUUUCGUGAAUUUCAUGGAGACCAUGGAUCUCCGUUGCUUUUUGUAUAUAUUUGUUUAUUUACUUGUAUAUAUUUUUCCUACGUAAGCUAGCUAAACCGCCUUGACGUGGAGAUCCGUCGACGUAAAAUGAUGCAUGUAUUGAGAGGACUAU